AUGAUCAAAGGACAAGCGAUUUCCACCGCCGUCAUGGCAUUGAUAUUGCAAAUGACAUUGGCAGUUGCUCAAAACAUGUCAUAUGGAGCCAACAAUUUCUACCGCAGUGAGAACGUCACGAUCCAACCAGUCACUUUCAUCAGCCAAUACCAGACUACUGUUGCCGGCAAUCUCUUCACCUCGAGAGACCUAGACUACGAUGCUAGGAGCCCAGCCAUUGUCGUCGGUCACCCCAUGGGCGCAGUAAAGGAACAGAGCGCAAACCUGUAUGCCACCAAGUUGGCCGAGCAAGGUUUUGUGACAGUCUCGCUUGAUCUUCCGUUCUGGGGCGCUAGCGAGGGUGAGCCGCGCAACGCCGUGUCGCCUGACCUGUACGCCGAGGCUUUCAGCGCCGCCGUCGACUACCUCGGCACCCAAGACUUUGUCGACCCGGGCCGCGUCGGGGCUGUCGGCGUCUGCGGGAGCGGCUCCUUUGUCAUCAGCGCCGCCAAGAUUGACUCGCGGAUCAAGGCCGUUGCGACUGCCAGCAUGUACGACAUGGGCACCGUGAACCGUGAAGGCCUGCGCCAGUCGCAGAGCGUGGAGCAGCGUCAGCAAGUCAUUGCCGAGGCGGCGCGUCAGCGUCUACGAGAAGCCCAGGGUGGUGACACCAUCUAUACCAGCGGCACCUUGGACAUCCUGACGGCGAAUGCUACGACCAUUGAGCGAGAGUUUUUUGAUUACUAUCGUACCAUCCGCGGCGAAGUCACUCCGCCGGGGUCGCUGCCCAAUCUCACGACGCACCCGACGCUGUCCAGCAAUGUCAAAUUCAUGAACUUUUACCCGUUCAAUGAUAUUGAGACAAUAUCGCCACGUCCACUGUUGUUUAUUGCUGGAGACCAGGCGCAUUCCCGACAAUUCAGCGAAGAUGCGUACGAUCGUGCGGCGCAACCAAAAGAGCUGGUUUGGGUGGCCGGUGCGGGUCAUGUAGACCUCUACGAUCGUGUGGAUCUCAUUCCCUUUGACACAUUGACUCGAUUUUUCCGGGAAUAUAUUUAG